AUGUACAAGAUGUUCGAGGUUGAAUUGGAGCAGGUUCAGAUGGGGAAGUCCCGUGUGCAUCAUUAUACUCCACUUUAUGACAAAGAGAGCACCCAAAGAACUGAUUCUCAGAAACCAGCCUGUGAAGUGUCUUUGCCAACUAUAUUCUGCAGUCAGCAACAGCCUUCGUGUGGGAUAGCUCCACUUGCAACUCCUAGAAUAUCCAGAGGUCUUCUGAAGAAUUUAUGGGAACAGACCUCCUGUAGCCAUCAGUGCCAUGCCAGAGAAUCUCCUAGCGAACCCAUCCGAGGAAAGCGGGAGCCUUGUGUAACGCUGAUGAGCAAAAUCCUCGGCGAUGCAGUCAUAAAUCUGCUGGCCUACAAAGGCAGCGCUUUUGUGUGCACAGAGAUAAAACCAGCGAGGUCGAGAGUUCCUGAGGGAACAGAAAUAUUCCCGAGUGCUGGAGGGUCAUGUUCACGAGGACGGCCAAAAACAGAGAAAGGAAACUCGGUGGAAAGCCGAAUGACCUCACCCAGUCUCUUCCUGCAGAAUUCCUAGGAGACACUAAGCUCUGCAAAUCACUUAUCAAAACCAGACGUCAGAGACAUAGCCAAGGCGUAAGGCAAGCCCCAGAAUUCCUGUGCGAGGACACGAGUUCAGGCAUUUCUCAGCCCGCUGAGGUGGAUGUCAUCUGUCCCGCUGACGAAGAGCCCUUUAUAUCCUGCAGCGAAACACCCUUCCAUAGCUGAGUGGGUGGGUUACCUGCUGGACAGAGAAACAGGCGGACGCUGAUACCACCACCAGCUACUGAAACAAACCGAGCCUCGAGUCCCUGGGCAAGGCAGUGCCCUUGCUUAUUCUAAUAUCAAUAACGCCAAACACAAGCGGACACCAGCCAAUUGUUAGAGGGAACACAAUACUUCUUUGACGCACCAGCAGCUGCACCGUACUUUGAUGUUUCUAAAAAACUAUAUACUCACCAAAACUUUUUUUUUUUAAUGGCAGAAUUUCAAUGCUUUCUCGGGAGCAUUUUCCUCUUGAUUGUUUAUAUGCAGUCUGCAAGGUUGGAUUUUAAGUUACUUAACACU